AUGGCCUUGGAUUUUGUAAAGAGCGCGGAUGAUCUUCUGUCGAGACAUGAUACUUUGAGUCCAGUGCUACACUCAACUGCUGUACAGCUGAAGUUGACUCACGCCAACAUCUGCCUCGCCGCGGGCGACAUCGACAGAUCUCGAAGCUUAUAUGCUGGCAUAGUGCAGAUGGUAGAUGUUACGGAUGAGGAAACUGCCGAUCUUGUAGCAAUUGCGAGGCUCAAGUUUGCAGAGAUAAUUUUGAAUGAGCGCCGCACAGAUGGGCAGCGUCUUGUCAGGGAAAGCAUACUGCACUUCGAAGACCAGACCACGCGACGGGGACAAGGACAGUGGGCUCGCGCACUGUUCUAUAAGGCGUUACUUGGUAGUAAUGAUAGCGAGAAGCAGUCGAAAAAGCGGGCAAGGCGCGCCCUAGAAGAUGUUUGCGAGGAGUUUGGUUUGUCGCAGCCACCAGAAGGUGAGCUGUCGAAGAAGGAUUUUGAAGUUGUUCUCGAAUUGGGCUACCGUUGA